AGAGCGCGGAGCGCGCAGCGCGGGCCGGAGGGAGGGAGGGAGGGUGGGCGAGGGGAGAGGACUUGAACACACGGGACCGGACAGGACCGACCGAGGGGCGGCGGCGAAAGGCAGAGCGCCGCGAUCUCUGUCGGGAAGCGCAACCUCCCCGGGCCCCGCGGGGCCGCGCAGGGGGCGUCCUCAACCUCGCGCCCGCUCCCUCUUUCCAUCCCCUGCCGCCCGCAGGCCACCCCGGGGCCCGGCCAUCCGAGCGCGCAUCCCCGGGUUCGGGCCCGUCCCUGGCCCUCGAGGGAGCCGCCGCCUUCAUCGCCACAUCUGCAGCGGCCGCACCAGAGGCCGCCCGGGCGGGACCCCAGCGUGAGCAUCGGGCGCCCCCCUAGGAGUGCACGACCCCCGGAGCCCCCCUCAACACGGACCGCGCCCGCCGGGCACACAAGAAUGGUCACUCAGAUACUGGGGGCCAUGGAGUCUCAGGUGGGGGGGGGCCCGGCCGGCCCGGCCCUGCCCAACGGGCCACUCCUUGGUACAAAUGGAGCCACUGACGACAGCAAGACCAACCUCAUCGUCAACUACCUGCCCCAGAACAUGACCCAGGAUGAGUUCAAGAGUCUCUUCGGCAGCAUUGGCGACAUCGAGUCCUGCAAGUUGGUUCGGGACAAGAUCACAGGGCAGAGCCUUGGCUACGGGUUUGUGAACUAUUCUGACCCCAAUGAUGCAGACAAAGCCAUCAACACCCUCAACGGCCUCAAAUUACAGACGAAGACCAUCAAGGUGUCCUAUGCCAGACCCAGUUCAGCAUCCAUCCGGGAUGCUAACCUGUACGUCAGCGGGCUCCCCAAGACCAUGAGCCAGAAAGAGAUGGAGCAGCUCUUCUCCCAGUACGGCCGCAUCAUCACGUCCCGCAUCCUGGUGGACCAGGUCACAGGUGUCUCUCGGGGUGUGGGAUUCAUCCGCUUUGACAAGAGGAUUGAGGCCGAGGAGGCUAUCAAAGGACUGAACGGGCAGAAGCCGCUGGGCGCAGCUGAGCCCAUCACAGUCAAGUUCGCGAACAACCCGAGUCAGAAGACAGGGCAGGCGCUGCUCACCCACCUCUACCAGUCAUCCGCCCGGCGCUACGCAGGCCCCCUACACCAUCAGACACAGCGUUUCCGGCUGGACAAUUUGCUCAACAUGGCCUACGGCGUCAAGAGUCCCCUGUCGCUCAUCGCCAGGUUCUCGCCGAUCGCCAUCGACGGUAUGAGCGGCCUGGCGGGCGUGGGCCUGUCGGGGGGCGCGGCGGGCGCCGGCUGGUGCAUCUUCGUGUACAACCUGUCACCGGAGGCGGACGAGAGCGUGCUGUGGCAGCUGUUCGGGCCUUUUGGGGCAGUCACCAACGUCAAGGUCAUCCGUGAUUUCACCACCAACAAGUGCAAGGGUUUCGGCUUCGUGACCAUGACCAACUAUGACGAGGCGGCCAUGGCCAUCGCCAGCCUGAACGGCUAUCGCCUGGGCGAGCGCGUGCUGCAGGUCUCCUUCAAGACCAGCAAACAGCACAAGGCGUGAGCCCACCCCGCCUGCCCUCCCACCCCCUCCCCGGGCAGCAGAGAGAGAGAGAAAGAGAAAGAGAGAGAGAGAGAGAGAGAGAGAGAAGGGGCCCAAGAGAGACAGCACAGGCAGCCCCACGGACGACGCGAGGGCCCCACGUCCCUGCGGAAGCCACAGGGUGAGCACUCCGGGGUGGGAGGGUCUGCAGGGAAUGGGGGGGUGCCCGGGGAUCCCCCGCCCCAUCCUCCUGCCCCCACCCCAGGCUGGGCUGUUCACUCUCUCGUCUUGGUUUGGUUCAUGGUGAAGGUUUUUGUUUCUUUUUUCAGCUAAAAAGAAUGCAGAGAUGUGCCCCCACCCCCACCCUCAACCACCCCCGAUGGGAUGGCUUGGGGGGCUCCAGGGGGUGCCCUCCCAGACCCCCUUGCCCAGGCCUCCCCAGCACCUAGAUGGGGCCUGGGGUAGGAGGAACAGGUUUAAAAAUCCCCAAAAAAGCGAACAGUGAGGAGGGGUGUGGGCACCCCCGGCUCAGUGCCCCCUGGUGGAAUGCGGGGAGCAGGCAGUGGGGCUGGAAGCAGAAACAAAAUGAAAAAAAAAGGGGGGGUGGGAGGGGAAGAAAAACUCUAUUUUUGUAAAAAGGGAAAAAGACCUCGUGGAGAAUUUUUACUGGGGAUUCUUGAACUUGAAAAAAAAAACACAAAAAAAGACAAAAAAAAAAAAGAAAAUAUUUUGGCAGGUUAUGUUUACCAACUGGGGCGGGGGUGGGGGGGCCCAGGGAGCAGGGCUUAGGGGCUGGCAGCCCACGGGGCCACACAGAGAAACAACCACGCAGACACUCACACCACGGGGACACACGGACAGACGCAGAUGGACACAGCGACAUGCCCCAGACACGUUAAGGGACUGGUUGGCCAAACUGAGACACGUGGACAGGGAUAGACAGAAAGAGACAGAAGUUGGGGCUACGUCCAUGUGGACACAGACCACAGAUGUGGGCACACAAAUCCAUCCACCUGGCCACGUGCACACGUGAAUGUAGCGAUAGAUAUUUGGACAUCAAAUUUGGACACCAGGUAACAGAGAAACACAAACACCACCCAGGAACACGCAGACAUAUGCCCAUAGCAUUCCACAGGCCCAGGCAGGAGGUCCCACCCCAGACCCCGCCCCAGAUGCUCCCUCACCCUCUUGGCCCCCUCGCCCUGGCCCCCAGGUUCUCUGCAGAGAUCUCUCCUGGACCCCCAGUGGUCUCCUUGGCGCCCACGAACACAGGCGUGCACACGCAGCGCACAUGCAUUGAGACACACGAUACCUCGUUCCACCUUGGCAUCACGGUGGGCUGGAGGCAGCCCCCCCCCACAACACUUGAGGCCAAAGGACACCCCUGUCCCCGGGGCUCAGCCUCCCCCUGGGCCAAGGACUUGGCCCACGCAGCUGAGGGAGAGGCCCAGCCCUGAGCCUCCCCCACCAGGACUGGGCCUCCCCAGCAGCAAGACCCCGGCACUCCCCGCCAGGCCCAGGGUGGGGUGGAUGGGCCCAAGGGCCCGGCCCCACACUCCUUUCCUGUCCACUUGUCACCUACCUACCCCCUUUCGGUUUGUUGGGUUUUUCGUCUUUCCAGAUUGCAGUGGACACAGCCCCCGAUCUUGAGCCCUGGCCCCCGGCUUCUGUCUGGACAUUGCAUCGCCCUAGUUUUCUUUCUUUAAAAAAAAAAAAAUUCCAACAGAAGCCACAGGCCGGAGCCCCUGGGAGCCCUCGCACCGCUCCCCACCCCACUCAGCGGCCCCAUCGGAACUGAGAAUUGCAAAACCCCGACUUUAGCUAUAGUUAAGUUGCCUUCCCCCGGUGUCCCCACGUUUGGUGUCUGGCUAUGGCGCCCCCAUCUGACUGUCCAGCUCUCUCUCCCCCACCCCUCCCGGUGUUGUUAUUAAACGUCUGUGGAGCUUCUGCUGCAAGGAACAAAAAAGAAAAAAAAUCAAAAAAGCGACAAAAAAACACAAACAGAAGAGGAAAAAAAAAGCAACAAAAAGAGAAAACACACAGAAGAGAUUUAAAAAAAAAAAAGAAAAAAAAAAAAAAGACAUAAACUGGCACCAGUUAACUUUCUUGUACUUUUUUGCUGAAUUUAGCUUCUUGUAGUUUUAACUUAUUGCUAUGUUAACUAUUUAUUCUCCUCGUUGCCCUGUAAGGACAUCCGUGUAUAUUUCUGUUACUUCAUCCGGUUUGCAAGUUAAAGGAACGACAAUGUUCUCUUUGUUUCUUUAAGUUUUGCCGAGACAUGGUUAUGCCUAAUUUAUUUAUAAAAGGGGAAGUGGAAUCAUUAAAGUAAUAAUAAUUAUUAAUAACAGUAAUGGUAGCCGAGUGGCACGCGGGGGCAUGUGCUCUGCGGGGCAGUCCCCACGGCCAGCGACGUCCAGGUCAUCAAUGGGAUUCUUUUUGCUCUUGUCUUGAGAAUUUUUUCAGUCCUAUUUAGCUGGUGAAAUCCCUAGCUUGUUCUUGAUACACGAACCUAUUUAUUCUUGUGGUUUUAAGUCCUCCCGACCUCUCUCCUCUCGCCUGCAGCAGGGCAGGGACCCCUCUCCCCUGCUGUCUCUUGGGGCUCUCUCCCCUCCGUCCUCUGCAUUCGGGAACACGCACGUCCGCGUGGGAAGCUUGCAGCAGGGCGUCCGAGCAAUAAGGGCUGGGUUUGUCCCCCACCCUGGGGGGGGCCAGGCUCCAGAGAGGGGGCACCUCCCCACACUCCCCCCACCGAGGCCUAGGCCCCUGCCGCCCCCAAGACUGGGAGGGGACUUCUUUUUCUAAAACACAAAACUCAGCCCAGCCAGGCCCCCUCCCUGGAGGCCAGCCCCUCCCCGCAGGGGGCCAGGCUAGGGCUCCCAGGGGAGGGGGACUCGGGUCUUCCACGUCCCUGGGGGGCAGGGGCCAGGCCAGGGGGGAGGGGGCUCAGCCCCUCCACCCCUCCCUUCAUCCUGUUAUUUAUUCGGAAGGUUUCAAAUCACGACAGAGUCCAUGUUGGAGGUGAUAAAAAACUGUAAAAAAAAAAAAAAAAAAAAAAAAAAGACAAAACAAAAGACAAAAAAAAAAAAAAAACCCAACAAGAACACUUCGCGUUGCGUUUAGACUAUUUAUUACCGGGAUCACAGGCCUGGCCGCGGUAACAGACUUUUACAUGGAAUUGUUUAAUUAUUUGUACUUUUCAUGCCAGAAAAUAAAAGUUCAGAAUCUUAA